AGUGACCGGCUUCUAAUCAAAGGAGGAAAAAUCGUCAACGAUGAUCAGUCAUUCUAUGCAGACAUUUACGUGGAGGACGGUUUAAUCAAGCAGAUCGGGGAGAGCCUGGUGGUCCCCAGCGGCGUGAGGACCAUCGACGCCUACGGGCAGCUGGUGAUGCCGGGGGGCAUCGACGUCCACACCAGGCUGCAGGCGCCCGCCAUGGGGAUGAGCUCGGCCGACGGCUUCUACCAGGGCACGAGGGCGGCCCUGGCGGGGGGCACCACCAUGAUCAUUGACCAUGUCUGCCCGGACACUGGGACCAGUCUCCUGGCUGCCUACGAGCAGUGGCGGGGCAGCGCCGACGGCCAGGCCUGCUGCGACUACGCGCUGCACAUCGACAUCCCGCGCUGGCACGAGAGCCUGAGGGAGGAGAUGGAAGCGCUGGUGAAGGACAAGGGUGUGAACUCGUUCCUGGUGUUCAUGGCGUACAAGGACAAGCUGCAGUGCAGCGAUGCCCAGAUGUACGAGAUCUUCUGCAUCAUCCGAGAGCUGGGCGCCAUUGCCCAAGUGCACGCUGAGAACGGAGACAUCAUCGAUGAGGAGCAGAAGAGGCUGCUGGAGCUGGGGAUUACGGGGCCGGAGGGACACGUCCUCAGCCGCCCCGAGGAGGUGGAGGCGGAGGCCGUGUACCGCGCCAUCACCAUCGCCAAGCAGGCCAACUGUCCCCUCUAUGUCACCAAGGUGAUGAGCCGGGCGGCGGCAGACGUGCUGGCCCAGGCCAAGAGGAAAGGCACGGUUGUGUACGGCGAGCCCAUCACCGCCAGCCUGGGCACCGACGGCUCGCACUACUGGAGCAAGAACUGGGCCAAAGCCGCCGCCUUCGUCACCUCCCCCCCGCUCAGCCCCGACCCCAGCACGCCGGACCACCUCACCUCGCUGCUGGCAUGCGGGGACCUGCAGGUGGCCGGCAGCGCCCACUGCACCUUCAGCACCGCGCAGAAGGCUGUGGGCAAGGACAACUUCACCCUCAUCCCCGAGGGCACCAACGGCAUCGAGGAGCGGAUGGCCAUCAUCUGGGAGAAGUGCGUGGUCCCUGGGAAGAUGGACGAGAACGACUUUGUGGCGGUGACCAGCACCAACGCUGCCAAGAUCUUCAACUGCUACCCCAGGAAGGGACGCGUCGCCGUGGGCUCCGACGCCGACCUGGUGCUGUGGAACCCCAAGGCCACCAAAAUCAUCUCGGCAAAAACCCACAAUCUGAACGUGGAGUACAACAUCUUUGAGGGCACCGAGUGCCACGGGGUCCCCACCGUGGUCAUCAGCCAAGGCAGAGUCGUCCUCGAGGACGGGAACCUCUCGGUCACCCAGGGCUCAGGACGCUUCGUUCCCAGAAAGACCUUCCCCGAUUUUGUGUAUAAAAGGAUAAAGGCAAGGAACAGG